AAAAUUAUGAGUGCCCAGCGCCGCAUAGCUUGGACCUGGCUGGCCCAGGCUACAUACACUUCUCCUGUUCCGUUUCUCUACCAGACUCGGACCCUCGCUGCUGCUGCUGCUGCUGCUGCUGCUGCUACUCCUCGGCCGCACGGCUUGCGAUUCACGAGCCAUACCUCCGAUCCCCAUUCCUCCACGGACCAGCACCCAUCGCAGCCGGAAAAUGAAGAAGUGCAACCGGACACUAACUCGCUGGGGCGAGAUCACGCAAGCCAUACACCGCGUGACCUGGAGCCGGAAGUAGCUCCGCGGCGAAGCUACCUCCGCAGACGGGCUGCUGCUGCUGCUGCUGCUGCGUCGUCGACACAGCGCAAUGGACCCCGGAGAUCCAGGCUUCCCAAUUCUCCGGCAAUGACGACAAGCGAGAAGCGGGUUUUCGGACAGCUUCUCGAGAAGCUUCAGGUGGAGAGCCGGCAGGACGACUACGUGGAGCCGGUGAAACCGACGACGGAAUUCAAGCCGCGCGAGACAAGCUCCAGGAGCACGGAGCGGGACGAAUUGUCGCAUAUCUCUGCGAUAUUCGACUCCGUGGUGCAGGAGAUGAAAAAGCUUAAGAUGAGAGGGGCGGAGUCGGAAGGCAAACCGCCUUCUUCAUCAUCGUCAUCUUUGGACACAGAUCGCCAGCCAGAGACGGAAGAAGAGGCGGCGGACAUGAGGCGGAAGCUGCACCGCUUGGAUUUCACCGACGAGGAGCUGCGGAAGAUCCUGGAUGCCGGCAAGCUCUCCCCCGCAGAGGCGGUUGAUCUUAUUGUGAAGCGGGAGGCUGCCAGGAUUGAACGAGCCCUUCUUGCCGCCGUUGAUGCGGGCAAAGGAGAGUCCGAAAUCUGGAAUGUCUGCCGGGACAGGAUCUUCUCGAUGGUUCAGCGCCUGGGCGAUAGUACCAAACAACCCAUUUCCGAUGAGAGUUGUGGCCUCGCCGCGGAACCCUCCCUGGAAGUCCCCGCGUGCGUGCCCGUUGAAGCCGUCGUUACAACCCUGUACCCCAAGAUGCUCCUCGUCGCAUUCCGCUUACUGAAUUUACAUUUCCCGGAUUCCCCGCUCAUCAGCGAGUUCCGGUCUACGAUCAGGUCGCUCGGUCGCGAGUCCGCCGUCCUUGGGAGUUCGACUGCGCUCUACAACGAGCUGAUCUAUUUCUACUGGAGCGGAUGCCACGAUGUGCCUGGGGUGGUGUCGCUGCUCCGCGAGAUGGAAGUCACGGGGAUCGAACCUGACCGGCGGACGUGUGAGGCACUCAAUACCAUUGUGCGCCAGCGAGAGCAGGAUCUGAAGCAGCAUUGGCACCGGACGCGGAGUAACCAGGGUAGUGGCGCCGCCCGAGAGCCUUGGUGGGAUCUUCCGCCGAAUCGGAAAGCCGUGCGUGAGCUGCUUGGGCCGGACGGGUGGAUUGAACGACUCGAGGCGCGGAUGAAGGAGAGAAAGGAACGGGAGAGUUUAUAUCCUUGAUUGUACUCUCACAGUCAUGCGCCUUGGGGAAAAAAAAGUAGUAGAAUAGAUAAAAUAUACAGUAGUACCUACACGAUAUCCGUAAUAGAAAUACACCCCACUCUAAAUCAGUCAGUCAGUCAGUCAGUCAGUCAGUCAUUGAAAGAGUGAGAAUUAGACCGAGAAAAGGAUUUAAAUCUUCAACCCCCAACUCCUACCCAAC